AAUUCCUGCCGUUCCCAUCCAUAUCAAGCUUCCCCUUCAACCCCAAGCUCGCUCACAGGCCAUAUCACAUGGUCCCGCUCGAGCCCCGCCGCUGACGCUGACGGAUGUCCCUCGCGGGUGCGGGUGCGGCCGCGUUGCGGAAGCCCGCCACGUGGCGGCGCCCGGGCGGCCGCGGGGUGGCGCGGAGGCGCGUCGCGGUCGCCGCCCUGCUCCUCGCGCUCGCCUACGCCGGGGGGCUGCUCAUGUUCCUGCUCGACGAGAGGCUAUCCGGCGGCUCCGUGGGCGGGGCUGCGGCGGGAGGCCUGGGUCCGAUGGUGACGGUGGCUUCCUCCGUCCGCCGCCGCCGCCCCCUCCCUAGCCCCGCGGACGCGCCCCCUCAUGCUCAGCCCGGGUCGGUGUACCGCAGCCACCUCGUGUUCGAGCGUCUCUUGCCGGCCAUGCGCGACGACGCCACGCUCGCCUCCUCCCUCUCCGCCUCGGCCUCGUGGCGCCGCACCAUGCUAAUGACAUCACAUUACCAAAAUUCUGGGGACCCAUGGAUGCCUUGUGUCAACGGUAGGCUGACUCGAUCAGAGUUGCCACCCUCAAAUGGCUAUCUCAUGAUAGAAGCAAAUGGCGGUCUAAAUCAACAACGGCUUUCUGUCUGUGAUGCUGUUGCUGUGGCCAGCUUGCUUAAUGCAACUCUUGUGAUCCCAACAUUUCAUCUGAACAGUGUCUGGCGUGAUCCUAGCAAAUUUGGUGAUAUAUUUGACGAAGAUCAUUUCAUUGAGACACUCAAAGAACAUGUAAGAGUUGUGAAGAAACUUCCUGAAGAUGUUUUGCUGCGCUUCAAUCAUAAUAUCAGUAGCAUACCAAAUAUGAGAACUAAAGCCUACUCAUCUCCAAACCACUAUGUGCAAAAUGUUCUUCCAAAACUGCUUGAGUUAGGGGCUGUACGCAUAGCCCCAUUCUCAAACAGAUUAGCCCAGUCAGUUCCAUUGAACAUCCAGGCCUUGAGGUGUUUGGUAAACUACCAUGCAUUAAGAUUUGCUGAACCAAUAAGAAUUCUAUCUGAUGAAUUGGUUGGUCGAAUGACAAAAAAGAGUUUGUUGACUGGUGGGAAGUAUGUCUCGGUGCAUCUUCGCUUCGAAGAGGAUAUGGUAGCCUUUUCAUGCUGUACAUAUGAUGGUGGCUGGAGGGAAAAAACUGAAAUGGACAAUGCUCGUGAAAGGAGCUGGAGAGGUAAGUUUCGUCGGCAUGGUCGAGUGAUAAACCCUGAGGCAAACAGAAGGGACGGGAAGUGCCCUCUUACUCCUUUAGAGGUUGGCAUGAUGCUAAGGGGCAUGGGAUUCGAUAAUACAACCUCCCUAUAUGUUGCUUCGGGUAAAAUAUACAACUCUGAAAAAUAUAUGGCUCCUCUUCGCCAGAUGUUCCCUCUUUUAACGACAAAGGAUUCUCUUGCUUUGCCUGAAGAACUUGCUCAAUUCAAGGGGCAUUCGUCUCAGCUAGCAGCGUUAGAUUACACUGUCUGCGUGCACAGUGAAGUGUUUGUGACAACUCAAGGGGGGAACUUCCCUCACUUUCUGAUGGGGCACAGGCGCUAUAUGUUUGGGGGUAAUGCAAAGACAAUAAAACCAGACAAACGGAAGCUGGUCUUAUCUUUUGAUGAUCCAAAUAUCAGAUGGGAUCAGUUCAAGCAGAACAUGCAGGAAAUACUGCAGCAUAGUGACAUGAGGAGCAUUGCAUUGAGAAAACCAAACGAUUCAGUAUAUACAUUCCCAAUGCCUGAUUGCAUGUGUAAGCAAGAUGGGAUGAUAUAACCCUGAGAGCAUACAUAUGACAAAUCCUUUUUGUGUUUUUGGUUUUGAAACAUAGGUAGGUUUAGGCAGGUAGGUAUAUUGUACAUUUGUAACCUGUAGGUAGUCUCACCAUAUCCAUAUGCUAGCAAGAGAUUUGUUGAUUCAUGUUGGUUCUACACUUUAUUCUAAUGUGGUCUGUAUAGAGGUCUAGAGGAGAUACAUCCAACACUUGAGAGGGCUUCUAACAAAGUGAGAGGCUGUACCUUACUCCUUGCUUGUACGUGUAAAGGCGUAGCCUAACUACAGAGGCGAAAGCAAAACUUUAUCUUGUUCUUGG